UUUCGCUGCACGUUCUAGCUUCAUUUGUAUAAGACAGUAAAACACCGAGUUGUAUUUUCCCCAACUCUUAUCUGUAGUACGAGUUGCUGCAGGGCAUUCUUUCGCUGUCCUGUCCUUUUGCCCUUGCUUGACCUAAGUUCGCCACUUGCCCCUUUCCCGCAUGGAGUGUCGGAGAAAGCCUGGCUGAGGGAUUCAACAUGGCUGCCUGUGCGAUCAGACGCGGUCUCCUGUCAGCAAUUCGCAGCUAUCACAAGUCUAGUCCGCGGAUUCUCGGCUGGGAAAGCGGGCCGUACGAACGGAGGUGGCUCGUCUUAUCGCCAUGCACAACCUGCGGUCUCUCCGCUCAGCAGCAGCAGCCGACGCGUUGCCUGUCGUCCAGAAAUCGGCCUGAAGGUAAAGUUUUGGAAACCGUGGGGGUGUUUGAAGCUCCAAAGCAACAAGGAAAAUAUGAAACCGGCCAGCUGUUUCUACACAGUGUGUUUGGAUACAGAGGAAUAGUUUUAUUCCCCUGGCAGGCCAGGUUGUAUGACAGGGAUGUUACACCUCCUCCCUCUGAAAGUAAACCAGAUAGUACUGGAGCUCAUGGCUCAAAGGAGGUCACAGGUAAAACACACACUUACUAUCAAGUCCUAAUUGAUACAAGAGAUUGCCCUCAUAUAUCCCAGAGAUCUCAGACUGAAGCCGUGACAUUUUUAGCUAACCAUGAUGACAGCAGGGCUCUCUAUGCAAUUCCAGGCUUAGACUAUGUAAGCCACGAGGACAUCCUGCCUUACAAUUCAACUGAUCAGAUUCCCAUCCAGCAUGAACUGUUUGAGCGCUUCCUUAUGUAUGACCACUCAAAAGAUUUUUGGCAAUUUUUUGCAGCCCCCCCAUUUGUAGCAAGAGACACACUGCGUGCUUGGCAAGAAAAAAAUCAUCCCUGGCUGGAGCUGUCUGAUGUGCACAGAGAGACAACAGAGAGCAUCCGUGUCACAGUAAUUCCAUUCUACAUGGGUAUGCGGGAAGCCCAAAAUUCACCUGUUUAUUGGUGGCGAUACUGUAUCCGGCUGGAAAAUCUUGGCAAUGAAGUGGUACAGCUAAGAGAACGGCAUUGGAGGAUAUUCAGCUUAUCUGGUACUCUUGAAACAGUGAGGGGGCGCGGAGUUGUUGGAAGGGAGCCAGUGCUGUCCAAAGAACAGCCAGCAUUUCAGUACAGUAGUCAUGUUUCUCUGCAAGCACCCAGUGGCCACAUGUGGGGUUCGUAUCGCUUUGAGAGAGCCAACAGUACCUUCUUUGAUGUCCGCAUCCCUCCAUUCUCACUUGAAAGCAAGAAAGAUGAUUCUCCUAAUGGCUUCCUACCGGGGCCUUUUGCGUCCUUAGUUUGAGCCUAGCCUGGCAAUACACAAAAAGCCAUUAUCAAGAAAGAUUUGGUGCUCAAACUGACACAUUGAAGUUGUUGGGUAAGGCGUUGUUACAGAACACAAAGUAUGGAUCAUACAUAAAUUCCACUGUAUUUGACAGGAUCAAGAGUUUGGAGAGCUCCCUCUGUUGCUGAAUUUGUGGAGAGUUCUUGAUAUGUCAUAGCACCUCUUACAGUGAACCAUUAUUAGGCAUUUUACAAAACAAGUAACAACACAACACAAAACAGCAAGCAGUAGAGCACAAGGUAACCAGAUAAGGGCUUGACAAUAACAGAAGUUCUUGCAGCAGCAGAACCAUAAAUGUGUUCAGAGACAGCACUACAUCAAAACCAUUUGAUAGAAUAAAGACCUAAAUCAAUAACAAGAAGCCCAACUGCAAGAAAUCAAAAUUUAAUAUUACAAAAGAAGGAGAAGUUAUCCCUGUUUUCCUUCCUGUUUUUAUUUUCUGCAAAAUGCUUAAAGGGAAGUUUUAAAAAAUCCAAAUUAUGAGGAACCAAAAGUCAUUAGAAUAGACACUAACUUAUAGAAUAUUUUGCAAAAGAGGAAUCACAAUUACUAAACAUUGGUGGCAGAAUGCCUCCUCAAGGAAAUAUCCAUUUAUUUUCUUCUUUAAAGAAAGUAUUAUGGAGACUACCCCCAUCCAAAUAAAAUGUAUUCUUCUCCUGUUUGUAAUAUCCCCUAAGUUGUACAUUUUUUUCAAAUCCAGCUAUCAUAAAAACAAUAAUAAAUGCAACAAACAUAUUAUAGAAGGUCUAGACAGCAUCUUAAUCCCUGGUUCUCCAAUACAUAACAAAGCACACUUGAUUUCAAAAUCGCUUACCUCUUGUUUAAUUUUUUGGGUUAAAAAGAAAAAAGCAGAACUUGAUUCUCUUAAGAAGAAUAGUGCAAAGAAACUCCAAACCCAUUUACAAAGAUACCGUACUUUAAAAGUAAUAAAGUGUAAAACACAAUCCAUUGUAGUCUGAACUUGCAGAAAGCCAUUGAAAAUGUAAUUGUCUAAAUCAUGGAAGAUUACGUUUUCAACAUCCACAGCUUCCCAUUCUUACCCAGAUAAGCUGGUGAUCAUUUUUGAGAAGCCCUGCUGAUUCAUUUAAAACCUAUAAUGCUUCCUUGCAUUUUGCAAAUGGUGAUUUUUAUUUAAAAAAAAUUUGGAGGAUAAUAAUAAGUGAUUGUUAUUCACCUGGCUAGAAAACCCAAGCAGAUCACUUAAAAGGGAGGGUUGUAGUUCAGGUGAACUGAAAUAGUUUUAUCAUUUGGUUUGUUUUUAAUAUUUGUUUUCCUUAAAGUAAUAUAUGUAUAUCUAUAUGUAUAUUUAAUGUAUUAUGUGUAAUAUAUGUGUGAAUGUAACAUAUCCGCUUUUUGCAUUUGUAACAAAUGUAAAAAUUAAGUCGGUCAGUUGUGAAUUACUUUAAAAAGAAUAAAAUUUUAUCAUUUGGAAAGUGCAGCUGUUUAUUUGGAAAGUGCAGCUGUACACUGUAUUUUCUGAUUUAUAUAAUGCAUUUGCGUUUUUUUUGUUUUUUUUUGCAAUAAUUGUAAUCCUUUAGUGGAGCCACAUAUACAAUUAUAUUUUAAAUGAUGCAAUCCUAAAUUAUGAGUAUGGGAAAUUAAAUGUGUUUAACUUCUUUCUUUGCAAAUUUAACUAUUAAAUGUUUUAACCCA